AACUUCCCCUCCCGCCACCAGUCGGUCCACGCCUAUCAGCGUUUACAUAUUCUCCGAUAUUCAUCUUCGUCCUUGUUGACUCCCUCUCUGAUCUUAAAAAAAGAUGGCUCGGAGGCGGUGGGAGGCGUCCGAUAGUGUCGGCUCCGCUAAUUCUUCACCUGCAAUGUCUCCAUCUCAUCGUAUGAACAACACCGGAGGAGGAGGAGGAAUCUCUGGAAGAAGCACUCUCCGGAAGCAAAACGCCGCCGAGCUACUCGCCAAAGUCAUGGAGAAGCGUGAUUGUGAUUACGACGACAACGAUGACGAAGAUCUGUACCAGGUGCAUCUUCCGCCUCUCUCUCAGGGGCGAAGACGAGAUGAUAAGCGGAUCGGCAAGGGAACCGUCAGAGGUAAACCGGCUCCGGCGGCGAGACCGGUUUUAGUCCCAGCUAGGUUUGACGAUGAAUCCGACGGUGAUGAUGAACCGGUGAAGAUUCCUGAGAAGAACGUUAGAGUUCCGGCGGUUAAACCCGCCCUACUCCCGCCUAAGUUUGACGAUGAAUCCGACGGGGACGAAAUCGCAGCCGAUUCGCCGUGGAAUCCAGUUAAUAAUGCUAGUAGUCAGAAAGAAGCUCCGGAGGUGAAGCCGAUCGCGUUACCUCCGCCUAAGUUUGACGAUGAACUCGACGGAGAGGAGAUCACAACCAGUGUGUUCCAGGCCGAUCAAGUAGAGAUUCCUCGAAAGAACAACGCUAGUCCUGCGCUCAGGGUUAGAGUUCCGGCGUAUUCGCGUCGGAAUCCGAUGGAGGAUUCUGAGCACAACGGAGACGGGAAAGUCAAUGUUCACUUUGACGUGCCGACGAAACAAUCCGAGGCUCAGUUAAAGUAUAAGAAAAGUUUCAGGUUUCGCCCUGCAGAUAUUUUAGCACCGAAUCAGGAGGAAGAUGAUCGAGAAGCCUCGGCCUUGCGUGAUGAACUUGAUAUGCUUCAAGAAGAAAAUGAUAAUAUACUCCAUAAGCUUCAUUGCGCUGAAGAAAGACGCGAAGCAGCAGAAGCAAGGGCUAGGGAGCUAGAGAAACAGAUUGGGUCUCUGGGUGAAGGUGCAAAUUUUGACGUCAAGCUCUUAAAGAGGAAAGAAGCAGCAUUGCGUCAUAGAGAGGCAGCAUUAAGGGCUGCUGAACAGAAAAGAGAUGGAAGAGACAAGGAAACUGAUGCCUUUUGUGCAGAACUUCAGAGCUUGAAAGAGGAAACAGAGAAGGCCGUGGAACAGCUCCAGAACGCUCAAGCUGAAACAAAGUCUCUUCGGACAAUGAUACAUAGAACGAUUUUGACUCAUGAAGAAAUGGAGGAAGUUGUUCUAAAGAGAUGCUGGCUUGCUCGCUACUGGGAACUAGCUGUUCAACACGGAAUAUAUAAGGAUAUAGCUCCAUCAAGACAUGAACAUUGGUCAGCUUUAGCUCCUCUUCCUUCUGAAGUUGUCAUUUCCGCGGCCCAAAAGCCUGAAGACGCCUGGCAGACAGAUGGUAGCGAUCGCACUUGGAGCAAAGUCGUUAGUAAAUUCAGCGAUGCAAAUGGAGACGGAAACAUAGAGAGUAUGCUUGCUGUUGAAACGGGUUUGCGUGAGAUAGCAUCCUUGAAGGUCGAGGAUGCUAUAAUGCUUGUAUUUGCCGGGUUCAGACAAAAACAUGUGGUCCGACAAUCCGACACUGAUCCCAGGGUGCAAGGGGAACCUAAGUUUGCUGAAGCAUUUGAGUUGAGUCACGAUGAGAAACAGGAUAUUCUGUUUAAAGAGGCAUGGCUGAUGUACUACUGGAAAAGAGCUAAAAUUCACAGCGUGGAGAGUGAUAUCGCGGAAGACCGUCUUAAGUUCUGGAUCAGCCGUAUUGCAGAACAGCCAACAUCACAUGAUGCAGUUGAUGUCGAAAGAGGUAUGAGGGAGCUAAGGAAACUUGGAAUAGAACAACAAUUGUGGGAAGCCUCUCGUGCACAACUCACUGACUCGACUUUUCUUCCUUCUCUUUCCGUUUCUGACUACUGUGACGAGUGACGACCAGUUCUAAUCACCUCUCUGCAAAUUGUAACACACACAAACACACAUAUACACAAAAAAAAAAGAUUAUCGUCACCAUUAACAUCACAUCGCUGUUACAAGGUGUAUAUGCUUUGCUUUCAGACAUUUUUCCUUUUUGCUGGGGUUACCGUGGACUUCAUGUUGUUA